CAGGGGAGUUGUAAUAUGACGCACACGCAGGAGGAGGUACGGCUCAAGGAUACCGCUAGGUGCAUGAGGUUUGUAAUGGCAUCUGCUAUAAACAUAAGGAAUGGACUUUUUGCGACCAGGGGUUCUCUCCACAAAAAGAUUUCCUGUCCCACGUUUACGCAGAAGCCAUCGGAGAUCAAAUGCACGAGAGCAUUAACAAAUUCGACAGGACAGCACAAUGAACAGUACUGUAUUAAUGUGGUAAGGAAGAGGGACUAUGAGGGAUUUUUGUGUUCGUUGCUUUUUCCUGAGGCUGUUCGUCGAUCUGCGCUGGCACUGAGGGCCUUCAAUGUAGAACUGGCACAGAUUAAGGACUCCGUUUCUCAGAAAACCAUCGGUUUAAUGCGAAUGCAGUUUUGGAAGACCGCCGUAGAGGAUAUUUACAGAGAUGACCCUCCAGUCCAGCCUGUCAGUGGAGAACUGUGGAGGGCAGUGAGGAAGCACACAUUAACAAGGAGAUGGAUGUUAAGAAUUAUAUCAGAAAGAGAGAAGGAUCUGGAGGACAAAGCCUACAGGAACCUUCAGGAGCUGGAGUCCUAUGGUGAAAACACACAAUCCUCUCUUCUUUACCUGCUGCUGGAGACACUUGGCGUGAGAAAUGUCCACGCAGACCAUGCCGCAAGCCACAUCGGCAAAGCCCAGGGCAUCCUGACCUGCCUUCGGGCGACCCCCUACAACAGCAGCAGACGCAAGGUCUACCUGCCCAUGGACAUCUGCAUGCUGCAUGGAGCGUCUCAAGAGGAUUUCAUCCGUGGCAGCAGGGACCAGAACGUGAGGGACGUCAUUUAUGACAUCGCCAGCCAAGCCCAUGUCCAUCUCCAGCACGCUAGAUCCUUCAGCCAGAACGUUCCACAUGCAGCCAUGCCUGCCUUCCUGCAAACGGUUGUUCUGGAGGACUACCUGCAGAGAGUGAGGAAAGCAGACUUUGAUGUGUUUCACCCCAGCCUACAAAAGAGGAACCCAAUGCUGCCCCUUCAGCUCUAUAUACGAUCAUGGAGAAAGAUGUAUUAAUUAAUUUAAUUAAAUCAACAUCUGAUUGUUUCAGAUGAGCUCCUUGUCAAACAAAUCAAGCAGUUGUAAUAAAUUAUCUACCUUCUUUACGCUC